UGUCAAUAUAAAUAACAGACAACAUGAAUUCAGUUCAAUAUCUGGUUUUUAUUGGUGUAGUAUUAGUACAUUCAACUUAUCAGUUGACUAUAUCUACUGAACAAUGGAAACCAACAGAUGCAAAUCAAUAUUACAAUCAAUUAUUAGAACAUUAUUUAGCAAGUUAUUAUAAUUAUUUAAACCAACAAAAUUUUGUUUUAAAUCAUCAAAAAAUAAAUUAUUCAAACAAUAUUGUAAAUACCAGUCCAGUCUAUCCAAGUAUCACAAAUACUACCAUUCCAAUCGAUCAACUCAAAAUCAAAGAUAGAUUAUUAAAUGAAAAACCGAUUACUGUAAAACCAACAUUUCUUAAAAAAAACAAAGUACAACAUUACACACCUAUUGUAAAAAGAACAAGACCAGAAUUCAAAUCCAUUUUUCAUAAAGCUAAUAGCAAAAUUUAAUAAUUAUAAGUAAAUUAUUAAUUUAUUGAUAAAUUGUAUGAAUAAAUAUUAAACAAAUAU